AUGCCCAUACUCUCAGAACGUGAGAAGAAGCUCGUCAACGGUCUCUUGAGAUUACCAUCGCAACACAAAUAUCGAUACACACCUCAUGCCGAGCGAGACCUACUCCAGCUGCUCUUCCGGUCCCUCGUCGGCGACGACGAUGAAUUAUUAAACCACCUUUUCCCCGAUGCCGCAUCUAAUGGAGUCUGGAAGCUGGCCGAAGUCCAAGGUGGUGCCCAAGAAGGAGCAGAAUACUCGGAUGCCGCGCGCGGAAAGCGCUGUGGCCACAUCUUUCGAGCCCACGAAGCCACUUAUCGUUGCCUGACUUGUGCAGCUGAUGAGACAUGUGUGCUAUGCAGUCGAUGCUUCGAUUCAUCUGAUCACAUGGAUCACCAUUAUCAGAUCACCAUGUCUUCUGCGCGCACACCGGGAUUUCCCCCUGAACUGAUGGCAUCUAUUCGUCUGACUAUCUCUCAUGCACUGGACUACUUCUGUGAUGUCAUAUCCUGUUCGCCAGAGCAGUUACGCCUACCGAAAACCGUCGAAGGUAUUAAGCAGGACGAGGAAACAUCGAGGUUGCGCCCCGACUGGUCGGAUUCGGGUGACAAAGUGGAAGAAGAGCCAGAAUUUGCAAUUUUGUUGUGGAACGACGAAAAACAUACUAUUGGUGAUGUAGCCCAUCAGGUUAGUCGUGCUUGUCGUGAACGGAAUAGCUUUGGCACCGCCCGAGCAAAUGAGACGAACGAUAUGGGAAGAAGUGUUAUCAAGCACGGAAGGGAUCUUCCACGACUGCUGGGAGUGUCGAAGAUCAUUGAAGAGAUCAAAGUUACUGUUACUGUUCGUUCUGCUCGUGACACUUUCCGAGAGCAAAUGUGCGGAACAAUAGUUGAAUGGCUCUCUGAUAUAGCUCGCUGCAGCAUUCUUGACGAUGUCGAGGUUUUCCGUCAAGUCAUUUGCGAAGAGCUCCUCGAUCCAUGGCGGAAAAGCAGUGGGGCUUCCAAUGCAGGAAUAGGUCUCAUGGGUAUCGAUGAUCAUCAGAGAACUGAGAGCGCUGGCCGUACUGUCCUGAUCGCCUUGCCCAACACUGGUGGAUGGACUAUUGCGGAAGAUGACGAUGAAGAUGAGGACGAUGAUGAAGACGACGACCUUAAUGAGCAGGACGAAGAGGAUGAAGAUGAUGUAGACUUUGUGGAAACCCAUGAUGCAGAUGAAGUGGACUUCGGAGAAACUAAUGACGAUGCAGAUGAUGAAGAUGACGAUAUGGAGCUUGAACUUGCUCGCCUGCAGGCUGAUUUAGAUGGAGAUGGAGAUGAAGAAAUGGACAUGGGCGUUGUUGACACUGGAAUUGACACCGAGCGUCUUUUGUUGCGUCAACGAGAGAUCUCUCCCGCUGCUGGCGAACAGCUUGAGCAAUUCGCUGAGGAGCAACAGCAACAGGAUGAGGAAAGUGUAAAUGAUCCUCACAGCUUUGUGUCUAUCCCGCGAACCCCUUCAGGCGUAGUCAGACCGAGACCUGCAAGAUCAGCAAACCACUGGCAAGUCCCGCCACAUAACCCAGUUGCGAAUCGAAAGAUCGCUCCUUGCGAAGAUUUGGGGAUUCGUACCCGUCUAGACUGGCUGAUUCUCUUUGAUUUGAGACUGUGGAAGAAGACUCGCACUGACCUGCGAGAUCUUUAUAUCAGCACAGUUGUCAAUGUUCCUCGGUUCAAGCGCAUCAUGGGGUUGCGGUUGUCUGGUUUAUACACAGCCCUCGCUCAACUCUACCUGAUUGCUGAUCGUGAACCGGAUCAUUCGAUCGUGAACCUCACGUUGCAACUUUUGACGACACCGACCAUAACAGAGGAGAUCGUUUCACGAGGAAACUUCCUCACUAAAGUCAUGUCAAUUCUCUACACUUUCCUCACGACAAGACAAGUUGGUGAGCCACGUAGUGUGAAUCCCAAUGCAAUUUUGUCUUUCGAUACUGGCUCUGUCACCAAUAGGAGACUUUAUCAUUUUUUCCUUGAUCUUCGAUAUCUCCUCCAGUCUGAGUAUGUCCAAGCCCGUGUACGUUCUGAGCCGCAGUACCUGCCUCAAUUUUUGGACCUUGUGAAGCUGUCACAGGGUAUCUGCCCGAAUGUGCGCGCAGUUGGUGAGCAUGUUGAAUAUGAAACAGAUGCUUGGAUAAGUGCGUCCAUCCUCAUGCGUGAGAUUAACCGGCUUUGCCGACAAUUCUGUGAAUCUUUCCGUAACCCAGAGAUGGACACAAAUCAAAAACUUCUACGAGCCAUCAAAACCACUGCAAUCACAACGAUUAUCCAUUCGGCGGGUAUGGAGCGAAAGCGUUUCGACCAUGCCGAGAUCAAGCAUGAGGUCUAUUUCAAGUCACUACAACCUUUCGAUUUUGAAAUAAGACACCCCGCACAGUUUGCAUCAGAUCCGAGCGUGAAAUUUCCUUGCCACAAAGUGGUAGAAUUUGUUGUCGACAGGGGAUCAAUAAGCUUCCACCAUGCCCUCCACUAUACCUUGUCAUGGCUCAUUGAGUGCGGGCGUAAUGUGAGCAGAGAGGUGAUGCGCAACGUUCUUUUUGAAGCUGCCAAGGUUGCUCGACGCUCAAUCACUAUUGAAGAUACCUCAAAUUACAAGGACGACUCUCUCACACCGGAAGAUCUACUCCUGGUAAUGUUUGACUACCCUCUGAGGGUUUGUGCAUGGCUUGCCCAAAUGAAAGCAGGCAUGUGGGUCCGUAAUGGCCUCAGUCUGCGCCAUCAGAUGUCACAGUAUCGUGGAGUGUCCUCCCGCGACUUUGCAUACUACAGAGACAUCUUCCUACUUCAAACGGCCCUGGUGACUUGUGAUCCUAGUCGUGUUCUAGCAUCCAUCGCUCAUCGCUUCGGAAUGGUGGAUUGGAUGUCUCGCUUUUACCAGUCAUAUUACGAAGACCAUCAGAUGGUGGAUGUUGCCGAGGAGUUUGUACAUUUGCUGGUUAUUUUGCUCACUGAUCGAUCAUCUUUGACCGCAAUUGAUGAUAGUUCGCAUCUGACUGUUGAAAAUAUCCGUCGUGACAUUGCUCAUGUUCUGUGUUUCAAGCCGCUUUCAUUUUCUGAUCUUUCAACUCGCUUGAGUGACAAAUUGCUCGAGUCUGAUACGUUCUUAGACACUCUGAAAGAAGUCGCCAACUUCCGUGCCCCUGAGGGCAUGAGCGACUCUGGAACUUUUGAGCUGAAACCCGAGUACCUCGAUCUCGUCGACCCAUACAGUGCACACUACACAAAGAAUCAGCGAGAUGAAGCGGAAAACGUCUACAAGGAGUGGAUGGCCAAGAAAACCGGCAAGAAAGCGUCGGAUAUUGUCUUCGAGCCGAGCCUUCGAACGAUCAAGUCCGGUGUCUUCUCUGAUCUUCCUCGAUUUACCGCAACGCCAAUCUUUGCUCAGCUCGUCCACCAGUGCUUGGAAUAUACCGCUUGCUUCAAAGAUUACAAUCCAUCACUCCCCCACACUCGUGUGGAGACAUUUUUGCAAGUUAUUAUACAUCUCAUCCUUGCUGCGGUAUUGGAAGACAAUUCCCAUGACAGUGACAUAGAACAGGAAGAACAAGACUCCUUCAACCUCAACGCACUUUCCAAACAUAGGCAGACUAAAGCUGGAGAUCUAACUAUUGUUGGUCUCUUAGAGAGAAUCUCGGCCACGCCCGAGUAUGCUUCAUGUGGCCCCAAGAUUCGCCACAUUCUCAAGCGACUUUGGCAGAAGCGCCCUCGAACAUUCACUAUGGAGACAGCCUCUCUCAGAUUUCCAUUUGAUCGCAUAGAUACAAACUCGCCUGCCAUUGAUUUGGACAAUGAGAAAGAACUCAAGAAGAAGCAGGCAUUAGAGAGACAAGCGAAAGUCAUGGCCCAGUUCCAGCAACAACAACAAAACUUCAUGAACACCCAAGGGGAUAUUGAUUGGGGCGAGGAGGAAGUCAGUGACUCCCAAGAGGUACCUACAGAAGCCCCCGAGACAAAAUCUUGGAAAUAUCCCGGUGGAACCUGUAUCUUGUGUCAAGAGGAGACUAAUGAUUCUCGACUCUAUGGUACCUUUGCUCUGAUCCAAGACAGCACUAUUCUGAGACAGACAGAUGUCAGAGAUCCUGAUCGCAUUCGGGAAGUCCUCAAGACACCCACAAGCUUAGACAGAUCUGCUGACUCUUUGCGUCCAUUUGGUGUGUCGGGAGAGAACAGAAACACCAUUCGCCGACUUGACUCCUCGGGUGGUGAAGUGAUUAGUGAGAAGGUCGGUCUGAGCAAAGGUUUCAACUCAAAGAGCACAUUGCGUGGGCCUGUCACGACCGGCUGUGGUCACAUCAUGCACUAUGGCUGCUUUGAGCUCUAUUAUACGGCAACACAGAGACGACAUAGCCAACAGAUUGCUCGUAACCAUCCCGAGAACAUACAGCAGAAAGAAUUUGUCUGUCCUUUGUGUAAGGCGCUUGGCAAUGCUUUCUUGCCCAUUACUUGGAAGGGAAAGGAUGAAUCCUACCCUGGUGCGCUGGCCACAACGUCUUCCUUUGAAGAUCUGAUGGAAACAGGGCUUAAGAAUAAGCUGAGCAAAUCUCAGAACUUCUCUCUUCUCAUCGAAAAGGGUAAAUUCCAAAACCUCUAUUCUGACAUGUUCGUCGAAUACCUCACCAACAGUUUGGUACCUCCGCUUGCCUCUAAGGUUCAUGAACUUUUGCCUUCCUCAUUACCACGACAGACCGGAUCGACAAGAUCGCAUAUAAUACCGACACUGCGGAUAAACAUGCCGAUGAGCCACCCCAUUAUGGAUGAAACGUCACCAUCUAGUCCACUGGCCGGCCCAUCUGAUAAUGCCAUGACAGAGCUUCUUGUGAGCUACAAGAGAUUGAAGAAAACAAUGGAGGUGAAUCACAUAAAUUCAAUCUUCAGUUCUGGCCCUGAUAUUAGCUUGGGUGUCGACGACCUUGGAUAUAUGGAUUCUUUGUUCCGAAGCUUUGGACUCAGUGUCUCGGUUGCGGAGAUUGCUCAGCGCGGAGUUGAAUCUGUGCCUGGGUUCACUUUGUUGGAUACGAUUCCGUCACUGACUUUAACGAAUUUACGUGUUCUGGCCGAGACGGCGUUGACCUAUGCAGCCGUUGGAUGCAUUUGGGGGGAACCUAUCCUGAAUCGUCCUUCACGUGAAUUCCAGGAGAUUCACAGGCAGAAAAUUGGCCAGCUACUUGUUGGCCACCCGUGUUUGGUCGACACGCCGCUGUUGAAUGAUAUCCGAAAUAUCGAGCCUCUACUCGCUAUUGACACAUUUGUUUUCCUUGCCGAAUCCUCGAUUUCCUUGAUUCCAGUUCUAAAAAUCGAUAUGCGCCAUCUUAUCCAGAUGUGCUACGUUGCUGAAAUCGUCAAAGUCGCUGUCACGUUUAUUCUUUGGCCGUUAGGACUGAAAGAGGAGGUCUCUGAGCAGAAGAUGGACACGAUGGACCUCGAUGUUUCCGACACUCAAUAUAGUGUGACAAAACAUUUCUUCGAUACCAUUGUCACUGAGCUUAAGUCAAACUCGGUUGGACGUGCCGAGGGUUCCUCCUGGCCUGCUGCGAGUGGCUAUGUGAAGGAUAGAGAGGAGCCAGCGACCCCGGGAGUGAUUCUUGCUCUGCGUCGCCUAAUUUCUAGUUAUGCCCUCACCUUUUUGCGCAAGAGCGUUAUUCUCCUUCAUGUGCAGCAUGGUGUUGACUUCCCUAAUACUGGUUUCGCUGAUGCCGCUGCACCUGAGCUCGACAGACUUACCAAGGUACUACAGCUGCCUGCGCUGGAUGAAAUACUUAUUUCCAUCAAUCCUGCAGCCAAAAGUGGCGACACUUUCGAUACCAUCAUCUCGGGAUGGAUCUUCCACUGGAACGCAUCACGAUCAGGUAUUCGGUUCGAGGAUCACCGUCUUUGGCCAAGCCUUUCCCAUCCUGCUAUUUUCGAGCUUGUCGGUCUUCCCAAGUUUUUCGACACUCUAAUUGAAGAAUCAAACCGACGUCGCUGUCCCAAUUCCAAGAAGGAGCUCAGCGAUGCUAGUAUCUGUCUGUUCUGUGGUGAUAUAUUCUGCUCCCAAGCUGUGUGUUGUAUGCGCAAUAAGAUAGGCGGCUGCAACCAACACGUUCAAAAGUGCGGCAAGAACAUUGGUCUGUUCAUUAACAUCCGCAAGUGCACUGUGUUGUAUCUGUACAACAACAACGGCUCCUGGCAUUUCGCUCCCUACCUUGACCGACACGGAGAAGUAGACCCCGGCCUGCGACGCAACCGUCAACUCAUCUUAAACCAGAAGCGUUAUGACAAGCUUUUGCGUGACGUAUGGCUAUCACACUCUGUUCCUGCAACAAUCAGCCGUAAACUCGAGUCGGAGAUAAAUCAUGGAGGAUGGGAAUCAAUCUAA